CGCAACCCCUUCUACCCGCUGACCGAGGAGUCGUACGGCGCCUACGCCGUCAUGUGCCUCUCCGUGGUGAUCUUCGGCAUCGGCAUCAUGGGCAACAUGGCAGUGAUGUGCAUCGUCUGCCACAACUACUACAUGCGGAGCAUCUCCAACUCCCUGCUGGCCAACCUGGCCUUCUGGGACUUCCUCAUCGUCUUCUUCUGCCUGCCGCUGGUCAUCUUCCAGGAGCUCACCAAGAAGUGGCUCCUAGAAGACUUCUCCUGCAAAAUCGUCCCGUACAUCGAGGUGGCCUCUCUCGGAGUCACCACAUUCACACUCUGCGCCCUCUGCAUCGACCGAUUUCGCGCCGCCACCAACGUGCAGAUGUAUUAUGAGAUGAUUGAAAACUGCACCUCAACGACGGCCAAGCUGGCCGUCAUCUGGGUGGGCGCGCUGCUGCUGGCCCUGCCGGAGGUUGUGCUGCGCCAGCUGGCCAAGGAGGACCCCGAAUACAGCGGCAGCCCACCGGGGGAGCGCUGCGUGGUGAAGAUAUCCACCGCGCUCCCUGACACCAUCUACGUGUUAGCUCUCACUUACGAUGGGGCGAGACUCUGGUGGUACUUUGGCUGCUAUUUUUGUUUGCCUACCCUGUUCACUAUCACCUGCUCCCUGGUAACCGCGAGGAAGAUCAGGAGGGCGGAAAAGGCUUGCACAAGAGGGAACAAGCGACAGAUUCAGCUGGAAAGUCAGAUGAACUGCACAGUGGUGGCUUUGACCAUUUUAUACGGGUUUUGCAUCAUUCCUGAAAAUAUUUGCAACAUUGUGACUGCCUAUAUGUCCACAGGGGUCUCUCGGCAGACUAUGGACCUCCUCCAUCUCAUUAGUCAGUUCCUUUUGUUCUUUAAGUCCUGUGUUACCCCAGUUCUCCUUUUCUGUCUCUGUAAACCUUUCAGCCGGGCCUUUAUGGAGUGUUGCUGUUGCUGCUGUGAUGAAUGCAUCCAGAAGUCUUCAACAGUGACAAGUGAUGACAAUGACAAUGAGUACACCACAGAACUGGAGCUCUCCCCUUUCAGUACCAUCCGUCGUGAAAUGUCCACUUUUGCCUCUGUGGGGACUCACUGUUAAUUGACUUUAGGACUUUAUUUCCUAUAUCUUUUCUUCUUUUUUCUUUUUUUUUUUUUUUUUACUUCAUGCUUUUCUUCUUGAAGCAAAAUGCAAGAAAAGAAUUAUUAUUGAAAACUACUCUGGAAACCAAUCUUGCAUAUUAACAGUCGUGUUUUGGAAAAUAAUUUGUCUGGUUAUUCAAAUGAAAGAAAGAGAGAAAAGGAGAGCCAGCACUCAGUUUUAAAUCAUGGUAUUUUGCAUGGUGCUAGGAUUUUAUUGGUUGGGGAGGAGAAUACAUAUCAAUCCACUUUUAUUUAAUUCUAUAGUAUUUUCUUUUUGUAAUCACUGUAAAAUGAUUCUGUAGACGUGGGUUUUGCAAGAUGUUUCAUGUCAAAGAUGUGGUGGAAAGUAUUUGAAGGUAGUUUUAAUCCAAUUACUAUACGCUAUUGUGAGAGGACUUGGACUUCAGAAAAUUUAUAAAGUAGCAUUUAAAUAAAUGAGGUUAUAUUAUUUAACUUCAUUGUCAACCUGCAUUUAACAAGGACACCUAUAAGUAGUAUUAAAUUCUUUUAAUGGGUGAAAAAAAAUCUUUUCUCUGCAUAAAAUAAUUUAAACGGCCAUAUUUAAUUUACCAUUUGUGUACUUACCCUUGGAGGCUAUAAUUACAGUGUUUAAGGAAGAUGGUUAUAAUGGUAUUAGAUUUACAUGAGUGGGUUUUUUAAUGUAUAUUAUGAAGGUUCAAUGUGCCUCAUUGAAAAUUUCCUUCUUAACCUGCAGGUGUAUAAAACCUGAGUUAUUUUGUACUUCUUAAGAAGAAAGAUUUGCUUUCUCACUAAGUUUUGUCUUGUGUGGUUUCAAAAUCAAGUUUCUUUCCAAUUUGUUGUUGGUUUUACGUUGAGAUUGUGUCCUCAGUCUCUGUAUAUAUAGCUCCUGCUGGCUUCAGUGAGAGUCCCAUUGCAGAGAAAGGCAUUCUUUUGCCAGAGGUUUGCUGACAAUAAAUGUGAGGGACUGAAACAUGUGGAGAGUGAAUUCCUUCUUU